UUUCCCAACUCUUCUUCAAUACCCUCUUCCUUUGCUCUUCAACCAUGGCUGCUUCAGUGCUGCUUUCACUGCUCCUUCUGGCCGCCAUGACCGGCCGCUCAAUGGGGACAUGGUGUAUAUGCAAGGAUGGAGUGAAGGAUACAAUAUUACAGAAGACAUUGGACUAUGCAUGUGGAGAAGGGGCAGACUGUAACCCUAUACACAUGAAGGGACCUUGUUUUAACCCUGACACUGUUAGGGCACAUUGCAAUUAUGCCGUCAACAGCUUCUUCCAGAAAAAAGGCCAAGCUCAAGGCACUUGCGACUUUGCCGGCACCGCCACUAUCACUACUUCCGACCCUAGCUAUGCUGGUUGUCCUUUCCCAGCUACUGCCAGUGCUGGAAGCACCACCACCUCUCCAAAAACUACGCCGUCAACCACCAUGCCGAAGGUGAACCCGAUCAACAACAGUCCAACAAGCACAACACCGUACGGUUUGACGACACCUACCGGCAUGUUGGGAGGAGUGGGGAAUGGCUUAGGGCCGUCAGGAGGUGGGUUCAACCCAGAAUACAACACAGAUGGAGGAUUUAGGAUCCAAUAUUGCUUCUCUUCCUAUGCAAUCCUCUUGUUUCCAGGAUUCAUGCUAUUGUGGGAAUAAACAAGAUAAACUCCUUUCUUGCAGUGGUUGAUCUA